CCAACCUCCACUAGAUCAUUCGGAGAUCACACGACAGCAAGAUUGGAACCUUCACCCCAUGUUCAUUAUUUGGCAAUGAGAGCUGAGAAGAACUAAUUUAAACAUGGAGGAGGAUCAAAAUAAAGGGUCAUCUGAAGCCACAGACACAAAGACGUUGCAGCAUAAAACAGAAACCAAGCGAUACAGCGAGAUCAUCAGAGACUUUGAUAAUCUUGAUUUAUUUUUAAUCUCCUCUGAAAGUGAUGACCUUUUGUCAGACUCAUUGUCUGACCCUGUCACCUCAUGUGUCCCUGGGGAGAACAACAACAACGACGAAACAGGAUCAGGAGAUGUUCCACUAUCGUCCGUGUCCCUGCAGGCGUGUGCUGCGGUGGAAGGUGAAACAGACGGAAAUGGACCAGCCCAGGAAGCAGACCUUGCUCUCUGCCGCUGUGAAAAUGGAGUGGAGACGGCGCUGCAGUACGCCAAGAUGUGGUGUCGCUACGCUAAAGACCUGCUCGCCUGGAUGGAGAAGAGAAUCAGCUUGGAGCAAGAAUUUGCCAAAAAUGUCAUCAAGACAACUGAAGGAGCAAAAGCAAGUCUGGCAUCGCAGGAGUCGAUGCCUCUUCAGUACAUUUACGCAAAGGCUCUUGAGCAGGACAUAAAGAACUGCUUGUCGUCCAGGAAAACAUCAGAACUUGUUCAGAACCGUUGUUACCAGGCUUUGUCCGCCAAGAGGAAUGAAAUUGACAAGUGGUGCAGAGAAUUCAAGGAGCAGUGGGCCAAAGGACAGAGGAGGAUGAAUGAAGCAGUUUCUUCACUCAAAAAGGCGCGUCAGCAGUACUACCAGAGAUGCGACGAGCUGGAGAAGAUCAAAGCGAUAACAGCAAAAACUGUGGAUGACACAGUCGGAAUCAAAACACUGGAUAAAAGGAGGAAGUCCAAGGAUGAAGCCCAGACGAAGGUGAUGGAGGCGGAGCUUCUGUACAGACAAUGUGUGUACGACGCCAGGAUCCAACAGGACGAGCUCGUGAAGGUCAAAGAGAGAAUCAUUUCUCACAUACGCAAGCUGAUCUGUCAGGGCGACACCGUGCUGAAAGAGGCCACCGUCAACAUGUUCUACUACCAGAGACAGCACACGGAUCCCAUUCCACUCGGGUAUCAGAAUCUGGAGUUGAUCUGCAGAUCCCUGGAGCCUGGCAAGCCGUAUCUAAGAUUCAUCCUGACCAAGCAAAGGCCAGAGCAGCCGCUUCAAAUAUUCACCUUCCAGAAGUAUGAAGGCCCUGGAAAAAGGGCAAAGCGGAAAACCAGCAAUCCUCUCAACUCUCUUCACGAUGUGUCACCUAUGGCCGACGAAAGUCCCACCAAAUACCUGAGUGAAAGCAGGCGCAUUGGGUGCAGCGACAGUGAGAGUAUGGGUGGCAGUUUGGAAUCUCUCUCAAGUCCUGUGCACACAAACAAGAGGCUACACAAAACGCUAGCCAUGUUCGCAGAAGACCUGGACGACCGGGAGAACGCCUCCGAAUCAGAGUGCCUUGAUGGACCACAUGUCAAAGUGCGCACACCUUCAAAAGCUACUCUCACGCACCGGCUCCGAAAAACCAAGAGCAAGAUGGUCAAAUGCAAACAGUGUGAAAACUACAUUGUUGUCAAUGGGGUUGAAUGUGAAGAGUGUGGCCUGGCUUUGCACAGGAAAUGUAUGGAGGUGUGCCAGAUCGAGUGCGAGUUUGUUAAGGGGACCGUGUUCGGCGUAGACCUGGCAGUGCUGUUACGAGACACUCCCGAUGAAGUGCCGUUCGUGGUUCAACGCUGCACCUCGGAGAUUGAGAGUCGCGCGCUCUGCGUUCAGGGGGUGUAUCGUGUGAGCGGGUCCAAGCCACGAAUCCAAAAGAUCUGCCAGGCCUUCGAAAUACACAAAGAUCAAGUUGACCUGUCUGAGCUGUCGCCACAUGACAUCACAUCAAUACUGAAGCACUUCUUUAAGGAGCUCCCUGAGCCGCUGCUGACUUAUGACUUGUACAACGACUUCAUCAUAGUGGGGAAGACCAUUCAGCACCAGACUGAGAAGGAUCCAGACACUAAUGAAGCCACAGAGGUGGUUCUGAAGCUGCAGAAGCUCCUGCCCAGACUCCCGCCUUACAGCUACAGCACUUUACGACACAUGGUUUUUCACCUGCAGAAAGUCUCUGCGAAUCUGGAGAACAAGAUGUCGGCUUGUAAUCUGGGUAUUGUGUUCGGGCCAACAUUACUGCGCCCCCCUGUAGCUCAGGACAUGCCAAUGAUUGCCUUGCUCGAGACCAGCUACCAGGCUCUGCUUAUAGAGUUUCUUAUCACGCACCAUGGCAAGAUCUUUGGCGUUCCGGAGAACACCGCCGCUCAAGUCUCAAAUGCUCCCCUUCCCGACAAUCCUCAAAGACAUUCAGAAAAUCUGGAUGAAGUUUUCCCAAGACCACAACAUGAAAGAUCCUCCAGGGAACGACCAACGUCGCUAGAAAGCCGAACAAUCAAGAGAGAAUCAAGCGAGGGUUAUAUAUCUGACAAGUCUUCAUCCAAUGAGGCAGUGGACCAACUCAGCCCUGAAGCCAAUGAGAGAGCAGUCCUGGCUAUAGGUGUCGCUUCAAAUAAUGCGCAAGCGGAAGCCAAUGACGACUCCGUGCUCUCAGCGCAGCCGCACUAUCGCUUCAUCAGGCAGCCAGUGAAGUAUCAUCGCCAUCAAAACACGGGACUUCCCAACCCUGUCCGUGUCGCCAGACAGCCUUCAACUCCAGACAAGGACCAUCAGGAAAGUCCAGACAGCAGCCGCAGCCCAUCUCCAGACACAAGAACGCAGAAACGCCCUCAACCUUUGGACAUUGAUCUCAAAAACAGCAGCCAAACUCUGCAGGUCACUAGUGCAUCAGAGGAGAAACUAGAUGUUCCUCUCAGUCCUCGAGAGGUAGUGGAGUACAUGCUGGGGAUUGACUCAGGGUGUUCCCCAGCAGCAACCCCAUCUAAGACAACUAAAGUGUCUUGUCCAGACACCGACGCUAAGAACAUGAACAUUAACAUCGCCUGUAACAGUCAAAGUGGCGGACAAAGACGCGUGUUGUGUCAGUCGCCAAAGACGGUACAAGUGGAACACAGCAUGACUUCUCCAGCGCAGAAGAUUCUCUCUGGGCUAAAGUUGAGACGGAGCCACUCGGGGAAGGAUGAGCAGUUGUUUGUCUGAUGAGUAAACACUCACAUGAGCAAUCAUGGCGACCAAACAUAGUGACCAACUCAGCGACCGAAGGCUCUGAGAAAAUACACCGUUACAACCACCCAUUUAAACCCUCUGUUUUUCAAUCCAUUCCAACCCACACUUGCUGCCGUGUGCAGGCUCAAGCGACUUAACACGUAAUCAAACUACCGCACCAUGUUAUGCAACCAUUGACGUGUUUUCAUGUAAGUAAAGAAAUGACAUACAGGAAA